AUGACGAAAUUGGGUACUACCAGAACACCGUCAUUUCGAUCAUCCGACACCGCCACCGCCACCACCGUCGCCAACCAAAGUUUAGCUAAAGAAAGUAUGACAAUUAUGCCAGCCCCUGUCAUUGUUCUCCACAAUCGCCAUAGUGACGUUAUGAAACCGUAG